GCCUUUCCAUUAAGCACUACCUCGCGGCAGCUGACGCGCGUGCUUCUAUAAAGCAUAAACCUCUUUUAUCCACGGACUCAAUCGCUUCGGGAACUUAGACGCGAGCGCUGCCGUUACAAAGCAAAUUUUAUUUUCAUGCUUCGGCUAUAUGUCAUCGUCAAUCGUGAUAACUAAUUAUUUUAAUCUCUCACGCGUAUAGUAACAUUGUAAAAACUGUGCCGAGUGCCCGACUGCCGACGAUUUGCUGACACGAAUUUUAAUUCAGACGUGAAUUAUAUGCUAACAUAUGACUGUGCGAAGUCAGCGAAAAUCAUAAGAGGAUUUAUUUUAUACGAUCUGUGAAUAAAGUGUAAAAGAAAGUUAUAAAAAUGGAAGUUCAAUUCGGCAGUGACGGAAUACCGUUUGUAACAUGGGGAGGGAACAAAAUAAUGUUGGAGCUUGACCCCAUUGAAGAUGCAGAAUGUAAGGAAAAAGCCGAGAAGGAAUUGAGAGAAACUCCGGAAGUGGUCGAGAAAGCUUUGAUUGAGUUACGACAACUUUUGCGAAAGGAAACAUCGCUUUACGUUCCCAUUGAGAGAGACGAUUAUCUUCUGAAGUUUCUCAGGCCAUGCAAGUUCUACCCAGAGAGUGCUUUCAAAAAGAUACAAGCAUAUUACAAGUUCAGAAUAUCACACGCGGAAUAUUGUCGAGAUCUGUUACCGUCAGCCAUUCGCUCGCCAUUUGAGCAUUCAAUUGUUUCCAUAUUGGCACCGCGGGAUCAACAUGGACGGCGUAUUAUAUUAGUUGAAUCUGGAGAGAGAUGGAACCCACAGGAGGUGUCUCUCAAGGAGGUAUUCCGAGGCAUCCAGGUGGGCCUGGAAGGAGCCAUGGCGGAGCCUAGGACACAGAUCUGUGGCGUCAUCAGCGUGUUCGACAUGAAGGGCCUUUCUUUGAGGCAUAUCAUGCAGUUCACGCCUUCUUACGCGAAGAUGGUUCUGGAUUGGAUUCAGGAAUCAGUGCCAAUUCGAGUGAAAGCGGUCCACAUAAUAAACCAGCCUUACAUCUUCAACAUGCUAUUCGCCAUUUUCAAGCCAUUCAUGAGAGAGAAACUGCGCUCACGCAUACACUUCCACGGGAACAAUAUGAACUCUCUGAAGGAACAUAUCGACCCUAAGGCGUUGAGGAAAAGGCAUGGAGGCCUGUUACCAGAACCGGAGAUCACUGGAGACGUACUUUGGAAGAUGCUCAGGCAUUAUGAGGAAGAGUAUAAGUUGGCGAACUCCUACGGCUAUGUACAGAAUGUGAACAACAAUAAGGCGUAGGACCCAAUUUUGCAAAGCAGUACAACAUGACAUUACGUGCCCAAAUAUUCAUAUAAUUUGUGCAUUUUU